CUCACUUAUAUUUGAAGCCCUUUUCUAAAUGUUGUCCAAAAAACAUAAUCAGUUUACUUACAGUUAUAUCAUUACCCGUUAAUUGAAAUAAAUUGAAGUGCAAAUAAAGUACAAAUAUAGAUAUACUGUGGAAAUAGAGAAUUGUAUACGAAAUGGUUCACUGGAGUGACUAUUCUCUACGAGGUUGGCUCAGUUUCCUCUCCUUCAUGCAUAUCGGAACUGCUUUCCGAUGCUUUUAUGACAAACACUUUCUCAGAGACAAAAUAUUUACGACCGAUGCGGCCAAUGACACUGCUUUUCAUCAUUUGUACGGAAUAUAUAAUAUAAUGACAUGUUUUAUACUCAUCCAGUCGUCCGUCUAUUUAUAUGUCAUGCCAAGCGCUAUAUUUCAAAUCGAUAUCAUCUUAUGGUUCAUCUCUAUUCCCAUUCAUAAUGAGUGCCUUGGAAACGACGAGAUCUGGAGCAUCGACGCAUCAGUGAAAGAGAUUGUCGUUUGUAUUGACCCCCAAAAUGGUUCCAAUGGCAGAGGAAUCGUAGACCACCGGCUCUUCCGCUGUUUCCGACGCAUUGCCAGACCAGAGGUCUCCGUGAAGAAGCGCCGGAUAUAUCUUAUCCUUUAUAUCAGUAAACUGCAAUUCAGACCACAUUUCAAUGAGUUCUCUGUUUCCCUCAUUCUUCUCAACCAAAUCUAUUUGUUCUUUCAGUUUAUUUCUGGCAAAGAAUUCAAUCCAAUUGUCUUCCCAGUCGUUGUUUUGGGCAAUAAUUCCGCAACAAGUGCUCACAUGAAAGCCAAACCGCUCGACACACUCUAUAUCAUCGCUCUUUCCGACCCACGACUCCUUCUUUCGCUUCUUUUUGGUCGCAAUUUCGUUAUUUCGCCUAACCUUCCGGAGUGUUGUCUGAGUGGAGACAUCGACAAGUGCUCCAUCACUAUAGCACCUCCCGGUCCCUUCACUUCCGGCACAACACAUAAUGGUUUGGGAACUCUCACUGUUUUGGUCGCGUCUAUGGCUUUCAUAGACUCGUAUUCACCCAAAAACAUCACUAAUCCGUCGGCCGACGAGUUCUUCUUCACGAAUACCAAUCCAUUGUCCACAUCAAUCAUCAAUGAGAAGAGUCGUGACAAUUGGUUCACUGACCACAUGUUCAUGCAUUUGGUCAUUGAAAACGAUAAUCACAUCAAUACAUCCAAUGCUAAUUCGCCUAACCUUCCGGAGUGUUGUCUGAGUGGAGACAUCGACAAGUGCUCCAUCACUAUAGCACCUCCCGAUCCCUUCACUUCCGGCACAACACAUAAUGGUUUGGGAACUCUCACUGUUUUGGUCGCUUCUAUGGCUUUCAUCGACUCGUAUUCACCCAAAAACAUCACUAAUCCGUCGGCCGACGAGUUCUUCUUCACGAAUACCAAUCCAUUGUCCACAUCAAUCAUCAAUGAGAAGAGUCGUGACAAUUGGUUCACUGACCACAUGUUCACGCAUUUGGUCAUUGAAAACGAUGGUCACAUCAUUACAUCCAAUGCUAAGUCUAUGGCCAUCGGUGGUAAUACUCCGGUCAACAAUCUCUGGCAACGACUGAAUCAAUUCAGUGACAAUUACUGUCACACGGAUUGCGAUCCAGUAGUGAAUCGAUUGAUUCAAUUGAAACAAUUGCAGACAAACGCCGCAAACGACUCGCGAGUGAAGACAGCGGUCGACACCGACAGCACCGCCGCCAAGACAUCCACACCUAUCGCUCAGAAGCGACACAGACCUGACAUUGACGACCACUACGACAAUGGAUGGCCAGAUCUGCCCGAAGAUUGUCUGCGAGACGGCGGUUCCGUUGACCACAUUGUCGACGAUUUGUCACCCAUUGUUAGGAAGAAAUGCCGCAAAACUAUAUUCAUCGCCGACAGCGACGAAGAGUUGGACAGGAUUUGUGACAAAACGAGUAUUGAAUACUAUACUAAGAAUCGGUUACUCGAGACUCACCGCAAACUCGAUGACCGGGACGUGAAUCAACUCAAAGAACUGAACUACGAUUUAAUGACACAAAUCUGCGAUUCAAUGAAGUCCUGUAUUGACGACAAUAAAGUGGUUGAUGUGAACCAAAUGAGCGCAUUCCUCGACAUCAGGACCAAAAUCAUUAGUCGAUUAACGCCUCAAAGCAAUGGAUCAGUUGUGAGCGAAACCCAACAGUCGGACAAUUAUAUACAUUUUGUGGGAUAA